AUGGCAAAACUAAACGUGUCGCGUGUGGAUGGUCCGCUGCUUGGCCCAUUUAUUAUCACUAUCAACCGUUGCCUUGGCUUUCAAAUUCCAGUAAAGUUUUCCCGGCUUCUACAGACAAAAAAAAAAAAAAACGAAAAACAAAAACUCCGACAAUCUGAAGAAAAGCUGGAGGAAGAGAAGAUCGCUUAUCUAAUUGAAAAAUGCCCAGAUACGCGCCUUAUCCGUCAAAUCCACGCGCAUGUUCUGACUCGCCUCCUUCCCAUCUCUUCCGUCUCCUUCCUUCUCUCGAAAAUAGUUGGUUUUUGUGCUCUUUCUCGCCAUGGAGAUAUCAAUCAUGCUCGCAAAGUUUUCGCUCAAAACCCGAACCCAAAUAUAUUCUCUUGGAAUUCGCUUAUUCGGGGUUAUUCUUUUAUCGGAAGCCAAUCGAAAGAACCCAUUUUUUUGUAUAAAAAGUUGGUACGAAAAGGGUACCCUUCAGCUAAUACUUUUACCCUGGCUUUUGUGCUUAAGGCUUGCUCAAAUAUUUUGGCUUUUGAAGAGGGCCAGCAGGUUCAUGCCCAUAUUUUUCGGUCUGGGUUUGGUUCGAACCAGUUUGUACAAACUGGUUUAUUGAAUUUUUAUGCAAAAUGUGAAGAUAUUGGGCUUGCAGAGAAUGUGUUCGAUGAAAUACAAGAGAAAAACUUGGUAGCAUGGAGUACAAUGAUAAGUGGGUAUGCUAUGAUGGGAUUGGUCAAUGAGGCGUUUGGUGCGUUUCGGGAAAUGCAAAAGUUGGGUGUUGUUCCUGAUAAGGUUACAAUGGUGAGUGUGAUUUCUGCAUGUGCUGUGGCAGGGGCAUUGGGUAUUGGUAGGUGGGUUAACGUGUAUAUUGAGAAGCAGAUGAUUAAGACUGAUAUUAUGCUGAGUACUGCACUAGUUAACAUGUAUGCAAAGUGUGGGUGCAUUGAAAAAGCAAAAGAAAUUUUUGAGAGAAUGCCAGUAAAAGACCAGAAAGCUUGGAGCUCGAUGAUUGUUGGACUGGCAGUUCACGGCCUAGCAGAAGACGCUUUGGGAGCGUUUUCUAGGAUGGAAGAAUCAGAGGUUGAACCUAAUCAUGUUGCCUUUGUUGGCGUUUUAGCUGCUUGUGCCCAUAGUGGACUAGUUUCUGAGGGUAGAAGAUAUUGGUCAAGCAUGAUGGAGUCAGGAAUUGAACCAUCAAUAGAGCAUUAUGGUUGUAUGGUUGAUCUUUUCUGCCGAGCCUGCCUUGUUGAUGAGGCUUACAAUUUUGUUCAAACCAUGCCUUUCUCUCCAAAUCCAGUAAUUUGGCGAACAUUACUCAUUGGUUGCCAGAAGAACAAGAUGUUGCAUAAAGGUGAAAUUGCAGCUGAACAACUUCUUGCAUUAGAACCAUUGAAUACAGAGAACUAUAUUCUGCUGUCAAAUUUCUAUGCAUCAGUUUCACAGUGGGAGAAGAUGAGCCAUGUGAGAAAGAUGAUGAAGGAAAAGGGCAUGAAGGGAGUGCCAGGGUGUACCUCAAUUGAAAUUGAUGGCUUUGUGCAUGAGUUUGUGAUGGGAGACUGGUACCAUCCUGAGGCAAAGGAGAUAAGACAGGUUUUGAAGGAUAUUUCUGAGCGAGUUAGUGAUUCUGGGCAUGAACCACAUAUUUCUGAUGUGCUGCACAAUGUUGGUGAUGAAGAGAAAGGAAUUUACCUGUGUGAGCAUAGUGAGAGGCUUGCUAUUGCUUACGGACUUUUGAAGACUCAAGCACCAGUGCCAAUUAGAGUAGUAAAGAACCUAAGAGUUUGUAGUGAUUGCCAUGAAGUCACAAAGAUCAUCAGUAAACUUUAUGAGCGCGAAAUAAUUGUUAGAGAUAGAAUUCGGUUCCAUAAGUUUGUAAAUGGUAGUUGCUCUUGCAGGGAUUAUUGGUGACUUAAUUUUACUGAUCCUCCACUUCUUUUCUUUAAUAUCCUUACCAUUCUUGAAUAAACAUUAUCGUGUAGGCGAGAAUUGGAUCUGGUGA